AAAGGAGAUUCCGAACUCGUACUGCUGGUAGAAGUACUUACUUCUUUUUUACUAGCAGUUGCUGCCGAAAUUUUGUCUCUGCUCUAGCACUUUUCGUUUUCACUUCGCGCAUACAUAAUUCUCAUUUGUUGCCAAAAUCUUCCCAUCGUCUACUUCUUGAGUCCAACUCUGCUGCUUAACACAGUUGUACCAACAUGUACACUUCGCGAGGUGAACGGAUUUCCAACCCGGAGCGGUAUCUGGCCGCGGUGCCAAGCGGCGUAACCCCAACAUUGUACACCAAGAACGGCUACCGGAUCCACAAUCCCACAGCAUACGCGAAGGCCAUCACAACUUCGUCUGCUUCACGUUCACCAAAGGUCGUGGGUGGUGGAGAACAUACUGCGAAAAUAAAUGGAGGAGGUGGUAGCACUGGCAACAACUACGGCGCGAGCGGGACCUCAGCCAGCUCUUCUCACAUCAAAUACGCGACAGGAGCUGCAGGAACAAGUGGAGUCAUGAGUAAGAAAAAUGGCAGCUACAACAACAAUGAUUAUCCGUUACCGUCCAGUGCGACGAGCCGAGGAAACAGUGACCAUUUCUACAAAAUCAAAAACUACACGUGGCAUUUAUGGCGUUCUCAACUGUUACAUUCUCAAUCUUAACUGUUGCAUGAAUUUGUGAUCAUGCAAGACUGGAAAAAGAAAAAAUGAACAGGGUGACCUUGCGCGUCGUGCAUGACAGAUCUGGCACAUAUUCUAAUCCUGUUUGGCCCUCAGUGAAUUUGUCAUGCGAAGCAGCUUGAUCGUGUUCGUGUCUGAUUGUAGUUCUGCAUGGCAAAUCGUGUAACAGUUGAGAGUGUAACGUUUGGGAACGCCAUAGCAUUCGAAAGAGUACAAGGAGAACAUGCAGAAAGAGAACAACGCCAGCCCUCCUGCCGCUUCAUCUAUGAUCCAAAAACGUACUACGAGUUCCUCCUCCGGCGAUUUGCCAGUGCUGCACUACAAGAAGCCGCUGAAGAAGGGCGGAGUCAGCGAUGGAUUGCCAUCGCCGGCGAUUUUGAAAAAGUUGAAACUGGACAACGUUGUCUACGAGAAUGAAAAAAAUAUUAAGGGUUCGUCGACGAGUACUCAUCUGGCACUGCUGCCCGCAGGUGGGCCCAAGGGCGACCUGUAUUCCAUCAAUAACCGGUUCGAUAACAUUAUGGAACUGUCAGAAUCGAAAUCGACAAAAUCGAAAAAUUUGUGAUGCAUAAAAUGCAUGACGCGAAGUACGUGUGUUGCAGAGCAGGCAAGUGAGGCUGACUGUAAGCCUGUUUGGGGUUAUGGUUCGAGCUGCUAAAGCAACAUGAGAGAGCCAGUCUUCUUUGCCUAAACAGCAUUACAAACUGGAUUUAGGCACCACCAGAAUUUGUCAUGCGCCACUUAGAAACUGGGCUCGAACUGGAAUCCGUUUUAUGCAUGACAAAUCCUUUCGAUUUUGUCGAUUUCGAUCCUGACACCUCCAUAAACAUUCUCAACCCGGCGGUGGUCCAGCACUACAACUCACCCCUCCGGAAAGCGUUAAAGAGCGGCGCGGCGGUGAGCUUUCACCUUACAAAGAAUGUGUACAACGUAUCAAAUGUAAAAAUGUCUGGGUCUGGAAGAUUGCCAGGUUUGUCAUGCACAUUUUCCAUGACUCCUGAUGUCUGUGAUGCAUGGCCUAGCAUCACAGAUUUUUUGAGGGCUUUCUGGUGCGUAUACCGCAUGACAAAUGCCCUCUCCGCGUAGCAAAAAUUGCAUUCCCUUUGCUGCUCAUGCAAUACAGAUUUUUUUGGAAUCCAAAUUCAGCAUCACAAGUUGCAUUCUUCCAGACCCAGACAUCUUUACAGUUGAUACAACGCCGCCCCUGACAACUAUAAUCCCUCGAGCGGUUCCGAGAUCGCAGAUCUGAAGAAGGAUAUUCCACGAAAAAACUGUUUCACUGUGAUGAUCUUGCAAGAUCUGCAUCACAAGUUUGUUACACAUGACACAGAAAAUUUGCCAUGCUCACUUCCCAAGUGAAAACACGCUAAAAAAUCCAACGUCUUGCAGGUGCAGCAAGACAAAUCAUUCUGUGCUCCAUUCUCUGCAUCACAAGUUCACAGUGAAACAGUUUUUUCUUGCGAUAAAGGAGAUUGCUGAUUUGAAAAAGGAGGUCAAGAAAGGGAACAAAAACAAAACUGCUGGGGGGAGAAAGCUGCCAAAAACUACUAAGCCCUCUGCCUCAGUGGCGGUGAAAAUUCUUUCCACAGGAGGGGGCCGCGUGGCGAGUGCUGCAAGCGGGAGCUCGUCGCGGGCUAGAAGCGGUGCUGCUGCGAAAAGGAUGAAGGCCGCUGCGAUGAAGAAAAUGAAAGCUAUACGACCAAAAACUAGUACCAAGAAGCCCAUGCAGAAGAUGAGGACGGCAGCAACUCCUGUGGGUAUGAAGAAAUCUGCACAACUUUCGGCGAUGAAGAUGGUUAAGAACAAAAUGAUGCAGGCUAACAUCAAAAACGUUGGUGCGAAAAAAACUAAGCCGGCCAACCUGAAGAGGAAGAUGACAGCCACUGCCCCACCGAAAAUGAAGAAUCAACCCAUGAAAAUGAUGCAAGCUGUGAACAGCCGUGGAGGGAAGAUCAACAAAAAGAUGGUGAUGAAGAGGGCCGCCGGCGGGGGCCACAAAAACGGUGUCACGGUAAACGUCAAGGUGCGGGGAUGA